GCGAGCCGAGCCCUUUCCCUGAAUGAAUCCAAGUAACCCCGGUGGUUGCCUUCUGCAAGGACCAGCAGAGCCCGCAUCUGUGCCGAGGCCGCCCGAGGUCCGAACUCGGGGCUGUCGGGGACCAUGGCCAGCCAGGGAAGUCCCGGCACCGGGUUUUCCACGACGACCCUCAGUUCCGUGGCUGUGCAGGCUGGGGACUCCAAAAUCGUCAUCGCCGUCUUAAAGUGUGGCAAAUGGGUACGACUUCAGGUGGCUGACUCACAGCCCAAUCUUCUAGAAAUUGGUAGCAAUCAAGACGAAACCAAAAAACUUCUUCAUGAUCAUGAGCUUCUUCUGGCCAAACUUAAGGCUUUGGAAGAUCGGGUCUGGGAACUCUUGCAGGAAGCAGACAAGACAGCUGAAGAGAACAAGGAUCAGAGUCAGGUCUACGACGCCAUGGCCCAGACCCUGGGCGAAGCGUGGGCAGGCCUGGUCUCCAUGCUUGAAAGAAGACGGGACCUCCUUAUGCUGACCUCUGAAUUUUUUGAAAACGCCUUGGAGUUCGCUAUUAAAAUAGAUCAAGCUGAAGACUUCCUCCAGAAUACUCAUGAAUUUGAGAGUGCCGAGUCCUUAAAGUCACUUCUUCAGCUUCAUGAGCAUCACUCUAAAGAACUUCUAGAAAAAUCUCUAGCCCUUCUAAACAAAAGUCAACAACUCACAGACUUCAUAGAAAAAUUCAAAUGUGAUGGGCCUAAUAUGAAUCCUGAAUUAAUUCAAGGAGCUCAUAGCAGCUGUCUGAAGAUUGACAGCCUUCUUGAACUUCUACAAGACAGGAGAAGGCAACUAGACAAGUACCUAAAGCAGCAAUGGCAAGAAUUGGGUCAGGUCCUGCAGAUUUGCCAGUGGGACCAACAAGAAAACCAGGUUACUUGUUGGUUUCAGAAAACCAUAAGAGAUUUACAGGAACAAAGUCUAGGUUCAUCACUUUCAGACAACGAGGAGCUAAUUCGCAAGCAUGAGGAACUUGUCAUAAAAGCAAAGGAAUGGACUUUGGCUGUGGAGAAGCUGGAGAGUGAGGCCCGGGGGAUCCUGCUGUCAAAAGACCACGCGGAGAACGAACAUCUGCAGCUCUCUAAUCAGAAACUGAAUCGGCUUCAAGAGGAAUUGGGUCAGCUCAUGGUGGAAAGGAAAACCUGGUUACAGAAGACCAAUGAAUUUUUCAGCAGUGCUAACAAGGCAUUUGAUGUACUUGGAAGAGUUGAAGCUUACCUUAAGCUCCUUAAAGCAGAGGGUUUAAGCCUGCCUGUCUUGGCAGCGAGGCAUGAGGAAUUACACCACGAAAUUAGAGCCUGCACAGCUGAUGCUUUGCAAAAAGGACAAACCUUAAUCAGCCAAGUAGACUCCUGCAGCUCUCGGGUGGCUGGUGUCCGUGAGAUGCUGGGAUGCAUUCGGAGCCGAGUGGAUCAUCUGACCGAACAAUGUUCUGCGCACAAGGAGCUUGCUCUUAAGAAACAGCAAUUAGCAGCAUCAGUGGAGGGCUGCCUAAGGAAGGUGGAAAUGUCACUUCAGAAAAUGAGUCCAGUACUUUCCAAUGCAAUGGAUAUCGGUUCCAGCCUUUCUGAAUCUGAAAAGAUUUUGAAUAAAUAUCUGGAACUAAAUACCCAAAUUAAGGAGGCAUCACAUGAAUUAGAAGCAGCUGUAAAAAUGAUGACAGAGAAAAAUGAAUUUGAACCCAACGAAGUGGCAUCACUUUCUUCUAAAGCUAAAUGGCUAGAAGGAGAAUUAAACUUAUUUAGCCAAAUCAUUGGCUCCAGGUCUCAAGUCCUACAAACUUACGUAACAUUUCUGAAGUCAUCAGAGGAGGUAAAGGAGCAUUUUCAGAGACUAAAGGAGUUUUAUCAAAGUGGAACCUCUCAGAAAGAAGACGAGGAUGUUAACACCAAGAACUGGUCUGAGAAGCAGUGGCAUCUAUUUUUAAAGAAGAGUUUUUUCACCCAAGACCUAGGGCUUGAGGUCCUGAAUUUAAUAAAUAUGGCAAAGGAGAAUGAGAUAUUCAAUGUGAAGUGUGAAGUGAACAUUAUAGAGAACACCAUGGAAAACCAGAGAGCAGAAAGGGAAGAACUUAGUCACUGUCGGAUGGCCUGGCAACGGAAAUCCACUGAAAGCAAGCCUUUGAAACAGCAGUGGGCAAUAUUUAAAGACAAACUUAAAAGGACUGCACACAACUUAAAACUUCUUGAGGAAGUACUUAUGCCCGUGUCUGCACUUGACCUUGGAGGGAGCCUCCAGACCAUUCUAGAUCUACGUCAAAAAUGGAAUGAAAUGAAGCCUCAGUUCCAGCAACUGGAUGAUGAAGUUCAGUACAUUGUGAAUGAAUCAGAAGAACUGAGUGGCAAAGGGGCCCCCGUGAGAGAGAAGUCCCAGCAGCUGAAGGACCUUGUCCACCUCCACCAGAAACAGAGAGAGAGAAUCCAAGCUUACGAGGUCAUCCUGUACAAGAUAGUCCAGUUCCACCGAGUCAAGGAAGAGCUGGGGCGUCUCAUCAGCUCAGGAGAGGACGAGUUGCCGGGGCAGCUGAAGGACGUGGAUGACGCGCACGGUGUCCGGAUUCACCUCGGUCGCUCUCAGGAGAAGCAGGCCCACGUGGACAGUCUCCACAAGCUGGCCCUUUCCUUGGGCGUGGGCAUCAUCUCAUCAGCACAGUGGCCUAACUGCUCCAAUGUCUCUACAAAGAAGCUGCAGCAGCAGUUGGAGAGCCUGGGGGAGGACAGCAGAGUCUGGACCACCCGAGCCGAGGAGCGGGCACGGACCCUGUCCCGCAGCCUGGAGUAUUGUAGCACAAGAGAUGAGAUCCAUGAGCUCAAAGAUUCAUUCAAAGAUAUCAAAAAGAAAUUCAACAAUUUGAAGUUUAAUUAUACUAAAAAAAAUGAAAAAGCUCGAAAUCUGAAGACUCUUAAGUAUCAAAUCCAACAAGUUGAUACAUAUGCCGAAAAAAUGCAGGUUUUGAAAAGGAAAAUAGAGAAAGUUGGUAAUAGAAUUUCUGAUACAUUCUUGAAUUAUCCAAGUAACAAAGUUAAUGUCCUUUUGGAAGCCAUGAAGGAUUUGCAAAAACAUGUGGAUGACUUUGACAAAGUUGUUACAGAUUACAAAAGGAAUUUGGACCUGACUGAGCAUCUUCAGGAAAUAAUAGAAGAGUGUCACUUUUGGUAUGAAGACGCAAGUGCCACGAUUGUGAGAGUUGGAAAAUAUUCUGCAGAGUGCAAGACGAAGGAAGCCGUGGAAAUUCUCCACCAGCAGUUCCAGAAGUUUAUCACACCCUCGGUGCCGCAGCAAGAGCAGAGGCUCCGGGAAGUCGCCGACCUUGCUCAGCGCUUGUAUGGCAUGGAAGAAGGGCAGAAAUAUGCUGAGAAAAUUGUGGCAAAACACAAAGAGCUUCUUGAGUCUGUUGGUGAAUUAUGUGGGUCUCUGACAGAGCUUGAAGAAAAACUGAAGCAGGGAGAUGUUUUAAAGAUGAACCCAUACUUGGAGGACUUCCAUGAACAUUGCAUUGACCUAUUAAAGGAGCCAGCAAGAAAUAAGCAGACGAUGUUCAGUGAAGGAAGGAACAAGGACCAGGCAAACAUUUUGGUCACCGAUGGAUCAGAGGAAGAGCGGCUUCCACGGGAGCUGAAGCAGCUGGCCCCUGCCAAAGAGGGUGGCCUCCAAGACCUGCUGCUGCCUGAGGACGUGCUGUCAGGAGAGGAAUCUGAGUGUGUCUCCCCGGAUGACAUCUCUUUGCCCCCGCUCCCGAGGAGCCCCGAGUCCCCCCUCGCACCAUCUGACAUGGAGGUGGAAGACGUGCAUAGCUCCUACUCCCCUGGCCUGCACACCAGCACCUGUAGGAUGCAGACCGGGGCCGGCAGUCCCGGGGAGGCCCAGGAAUCUGUUCUUCCACCGCCUGCUGCUUUUGCUGAUGCAUGCAGUGAUAAGGGAGAAACAUUUUCAAGUCAUUUGGAGAGGCCUUGCCCCCAGUUCAAAUGGGAGCCCCCAGUAUCCUCAGGAGGAUUUCUGGAAAAGAGUCCUGCCUCGUGCGAAUUCAGUGCUAGCCAUCCAGAGAGCAUGCUCAGGGCAGUGCAUGCCGGGGCCUCCCAGCAGCACCCUCCUGCUCCGGGGAGUUUGCUGGAGACGUGGGGGCAGAUGCAUGCUGAUAAUAACGCCACUAAACCCCGAGAGCGGCUGCAUGCUGUGCCUGACGCGGGCUCCAGCCUCAGGUGCCCAUCAAGCACCAGCCAGGGCUGUCAGAGGCAAGCGGUUCCCCGAGAAGAAGUUAGACGCACAUCAGCAAAGAACAGUGUGGUCAGCCUAGCUGGCCAGGCUCCUCACUUCUCCAGGCUCCUGUCUAAUGUAACUGUCGUGGAAGGUUCUCCAGUGACUUUGGAAGUGGAAGUAACAGGAUUUCCAGAGCCUACACUGACCUGGUACAAGGAGGGCCAGAAAUUGUCUGCAGAUGGGCACUUGCAGGUUGUACGCAAGGAGACAAGGCACUCAGUGUUCAUUCCGAAGGUAUGCAAGGGAGAUACAGGCCUGUAUGUGGCUUGGGCCCAAAACUCCAGUGGAACUCUCUCCUCCCAUGCUAUCCUCCACGUGACAGGUAACUGCAGGCCGCCAAUCACAAGAAUUAACUGGGUAACGCUGGGUGUCAUCUAUCUUAGUGUAUCCCUAAUAUACUGGUUGCUCACUCAGUAACUGCGGUGUGAACGUGAACGGAUGUGUUCCUUGCAACCUGAAGGGACAGCACAGUCCUUUUACACAAAACACCCCUCAACAAGUGUACCUCUACUCUGGCCAUCUUGCUUGUUUGGCUAAUACCACUACUUGGAAAAAUAAUUAAAUUUUC